UUGCAAUCAGACUGAGCUUUUGGGAAUGUCAUAUAAAAAAUGUGCAACAAAACACAAGCAAGCGAAGGUGGAGGAGAGAGGACAUUGGGCCAGUAAGGUGGAGUUUCUCCUGGCUGUGGCGGGAAAUGUUGUCGGACUGGGCAACGUGUGGAGGUUUCCUUACCUCUGUUACAAAAAUGGAGGGGGCGCAUUCCUGGUGCCAUAUCUGGUAUUUGUGGUGACCUGUGGUGUACCACUGUUCCUGCUGGAGACCACUAUAGGCCAGUACACCCAGGAGGGUGGCGUCACCUGCUGGAGGAAGCUAUGCCCACUGGCAGAAGGUAUUGGCUAUAGUGGGCUGCUGAUCAUCCUCUACAGCUGUAUGACCUACAUCAUCAUUCUGUCCUGGGCUUUGCUCUACCUGGUGUUCUCCUUCAGCUCAGAGCUGCCCUGGGCCAGCUGCAACAACUACUGGAACACAGAUGACUGCAUAGACUUUUCAGCACAAAAUAACACCUCUGUAUGGACCAACCAGACAAACACCACCUCUGCUGCCACAGAGUUCUGGGAACGACGAGUGCUGGCUAUCUCAGGGGGGAUUGAGGAGAUAGGCAGCAUCAGGUGGGAGGUGCUGUUGUGCCUAAUCGCAAUGUGGAUCGUCUGCUACUUUUGUAUCUGGAAAGGGGUCCGGUCUACAGGAAAGGUGGUGUAUUUCACUGCUACCUUUCCCUAUGUGAUGUUGGUAGUUCUUUUGAUUCGUGGCCUCACUCUUCCUGGAGCUCUACAAGGAGUAGUGUUUUAUCUUCUGCCUGAACCCUCACGACUCGCAGACCCUCAGGUUUGGAUGGAGGCUGGUUCUCAGGUCUUCUUCUCAUACAGUGUGGGUGUGGGCACCUUAGUUGUGCUGGGCAGCUACAACACCUACAACAACAACUGCUAUAAAGACUGUCUAUGGCUGUGUUUACUGAACAGUGGUACCAGCGUGGUAGCUGGGUUUGCGGUCUUCUCUGUGCUGGGAUUCAUGGCUCGCCAGCAGGGUGUUCCCAUUGCAGACGUGGCCGAGUCAGGUCCAGGCUUGGCGUUCAUUGCAUACCCUCAGGCUGUAGCCAUGAUGCCCCUUCCCCAGCUGUGGUCCAUCUGUUUCUUUGUCAUGAUCAUUCUCCUGGGUCUGGACACACAAUUUGUUGGCAUGGAGGUUGUGAUGACAUCCAUCAUAGAUAUGUUUCCCACAGUGAUGCGCAGGGCAGGCCGACGGGAACGUUUCCUCGUCCUCUUCUGCCUCAUGUGCUUCUUCUCUCAGCUUGUGAUGAUCACUGAGGGAGGGAUGUACUUGUUUCAGCUGUUUGAGUACUACGCUUGCAACGGAGCCUGCGUCCUCUUUCCCUGUUUGUUUGAAACCCUGGCAGUGGGAUGGAUAUUUGGGGCGGAGCGGCUGUAUGGCAUCAUUGAGGACAUGACAGGUGUGCAUGCCAACCCAUUCUUUAAAAUCUGCUGGCUUUACCUCACACCGCUGGUCUCACUGGGCUCUUUUAUAUGUUCUUUAGUUGAGUACCAGCCUCUGACCUUUAAUCGCUGGUACGUGUACCCAACCUGGGCAUACGCGUUGGGCUGGGUACUGGCCCUCUCCUCCAUCCUGCUUGUGCCGGGAUGUGCGCUGUAUAAACUGGGAACUGGGACUGGGAACCUCAGUCAGCGUUUCCAUCAUCUGUGCCGACCUGACCCUGACUACUCACUGACAGAGAAGACAGAAACUGAGUUGAAGCACAUCAUAAAGGACGAUGUGUAACUGUUCAAUACCAGUUGAUAUGAAACUUAACCUGAUCCUGAACUUUUUCAACUGUAUUCAUGUGUCCGACAACUACGAUCUGGCACUGAGAGCGCUGGUUACCGAUUAUGACGUCACUUUGCUUCUCUGCAGUCUAUAGUCCAAAGGUCAAAGACAAACAAGACCAGUCUUAUUUAUCUUAGCUAGUUUAAGAUGAUCAUGGAUACUUAUGUGAUAUCACUGCAAGUGUCGUGGAAGUAUUAACCAAAUGUAAAUGUCCCACACUGAGUAAAACAACAAAGUAUUUUGACAUACACAUUUUCAAUGUGAUUUUUUUUUUUUUCAGAAAUAAAUUGUAAUCUUUUAAGUCACAUCAUAAUCACCAUUAGAUUUCUUUUUUGAUUAAAAAUAAUGAGCAGUUUAAGCACGCUGAUUCAAAUUAGUUAGUUAUCUGUGCAAAAUGCUGUUGAAAUUUUAAGAGAUUCCAGAAAUGUAUUUUGGAAAUGCAUCUGAAGAGAAAUAUAUAAUUAAAACAAGAGCAAUAA